UGCCGGGUGAGCCUGGGGCUUUCUUAUCACUCAGGAUGUUUAGUGACCAUGCCACUCGUGUGCCCAGGCACACGUCCCUGGACUGCCUCAGCCUACAGUCUAGCAAAGGAGACAGUGCAGGACAGAUGGAGAUUAUGGGAGGACAGUCCAGUUCAGCCAGAGAAGUGACGAAUUCCGUGUGUAUAUGUUGAGCUUUGGGUGUCUGGGUAGAAAGAGGAGACACCUAGCAAGUAACCAUCCUUGGAGUUCGAACUCAAAAGGCAGGGCUGGAGCUAGUUUGAAAGUAGUCACAUAUGCGAUCCCUUAAAACUGUUUCCCUAAAGGUGAUUCAUCACCAGGAUCAGUUGGGGUAUCGUAAAAUUGUGGAUUAUUUCCCCCACCCUACCUCAUGUGACUGUGAGAGUGUCCCCUGUGAUCUGGCCAGGUGUGGGACACAGGGCCCCAAAGCCUGAAACUGGCUGGCACCCCUGGGGCGAAGGACUAGGGACGGAACCGUGGGGGGAUGCCCUGGAGUAAGGGCUGGCCAAGGUGUGGUCUGUGUGUGAAGAUUCUCAGGAGCUAGGGGACUCUGGAAGAAGACAGUGGAGAGCGGGCUGCAGAUGCCAAGGGACUGGAAAGUUAGGAGGAGGAGGCGUGGUUGGCGAUGCACGCACGCACGUCACUGCGGCACUGGCGACCGGAGCCAGAGCGGAGCAGGGCUGCAGCCCUGGGGACGGGACUGGGCAGGUCCAGAUGACUUUCAGGGAACUUGGGAGCAAGGAGAGAGUGUGAGAGACGGUCAGGCGGGCUGCUGCUGCUGCUGUUUGUUUUAAAUGGGAGGAACCUGAGCCAGUCGCCAAGGGCAGAAAGCCAGCAGGAGGGGGGAUGAAGAGGGAGCGGGAAGGGGGUUACUGAUGAAGCCAUAUCCUGGAGGAGAGGAUGGAUUCCAAAGCCCCACUUUUGGGACUGGCCUUGAAGAAAAGGAGGGCCACCCCGUCUCGUCCUGGAGGGAAAGAGAACCUAAAAGCAGAUCCAGAAGAGCUUUUUACGAAACUAGAGAAAAUUGGAAAGGGCUCUUUUGGUGAGGUGUUCAAAGGCAUUGACAAUCGGACUCAGAAAGUGGUUGCCAUAAAAAUCAUUGAUCUGGAAGAAGCCGAAGAUGAGAUAGAGGACAUUCAACAAGAAAUCACAGUGCUGAGUCAGUGCGACAGUCCAUAUGUAACCAAAUAUUAUGGAUCCUAUCUGAAGGAUACAAAAUUAUGGAUAAUAAUGGAGUAUCUUGGUGGAGGCUCUGCACUAGAUCUAUUAGAACCUGGCCCUUUAGAUGAAACUCAGAUCGCUACUAUAUUAAGAGAAAUACUGAAAGGACUUGAUUAUCUCCAUUCAGAGAAAAAAAUCCAUAGAGAUAUUAAAGCCGCCAACGUCCUGCUGUCUGAGCACGGCGAGGUGAAGCUGGCUGACUUCGGUGUGGCGGGCCAGCUGACGGACACCCAGAUCAAAAGGAACACCUUUGUGGGCACCCCUUUCUGGAUGGCACCCGAGGUCAUCAAACAGUCGGCCUACGACUCAAAGGCAGACAUUUGGUCCCUGGGCAUAACAGCUAUAGAGCUCGCGAAAGGGGAGCCACCGCAUUCUGAGCUGCACCCCAUGAAGGUUUUAUUCCUCAUUCCAAAGAACAACCCCCCGACGCUGGAAGGAAACUAUAGUAAACCUCUCAAGGAGUUCGUGGAGGCCUGUUUGAAUAAGGAGCCGAGCUUUAGACCCACCGCUAAAGAGUUACUAAAGCACAAGUUUAUAAUACGCAAUGCGAAGAAAACAUCCUACUUGACCGAGCUCAUCGACAGGUACAAGAGGUGGAAGGCCGAGCAGAGCCACGACGACUCGAGCUCUGAAGACUCAGACACGGAAACAGACGGCCAAGCGUCUGGCGGCAGCGACUCUGGGGACUGGAUCUUCACCAUCCGAGAGAAGGAUCCCAAGAAUCUGGAGAACGGAGCUCUUCAGCCAUCGGACUUAGAAAGAAAUAAGAUGAAAGACAUCCCAAAGCGGCCUUUCUCUCAGUGUUUAUCUACAAUUAUUUCUCCUCUGUUUGCGGAGCUGAAGGAGCAGAGCCAGGCGUGCGGAGGGAACAUGGGGUCCAUAGAAGAGCUGCGGAGGGCCAUCUACCUGGCGGAAGAGGCGUGCCCCGGCAUCUCCGACACCAUGGUGGCCCAGCUCGUGCAGCGGCUGCAGAGAUAUUCUCUAAGUGGUGGAGGAACCUCAUCCCACUGAAAUCCUUUGGCAUUUGGGUUUUUUUUUUUUUCCUUUUUUCUUCUUCAUCCUCCUUCUCUUUAAAAGUCAACGAGAGCCUUUGCUGACUCUGCUGAAGAGGUGCGCCAUGGAGGGGCCACCCCCAAAGCUGCGGGCGCCUGUCGGGACACACACGGUCCUCCUGUGGCACAGCCAGAUGAAGUCUCUCAGAUGGGGUGGGGAAGGGUCAGCUCCUUUGAGCGAUCAUUUUAUUUUAUUCUCGUUUUUAAUUUUACCCAUAGUGCACAUAUUCAAGGAAAGUGUCUUUACAAACAAAAACCCUGAAAUGUAUAUUUGGGAUUAUGAUAAGGCAACUACAGACAUGAAACCUCAGGUAUCCUGCUUUAAGUUGACAACUCCCCCUGGGAGAUGGAGAAUCGCUCUGGUGGAUCGGUGUACAGAUUUGUAUAUAGUGUCAUUUUUACGGAAACCCCUUCGGCGUGCAUAAGGAAUCACUGUGUACAAAUUGGCCAAGUGCUUCUGUAGAUAAUGUCAGUGGAGUAAAUAUUUGACAGGCCAUAACUUGAGUCUAUUGCCUUGCCUUUAUUACAUGUAAAUUUUGAAUUAUGUGACCAGUGAUUUGGGUUUUAUUUUGUAUUUGCAGGGUUUGUCAUUAAUAAUAAUUAAUGCCCCUCUUAUGGAACACUCCUAUUUGUACCUCAACAGAUGCAAAUUUUCCUCUUGUUUGCCCUGCCACCCUUUUUGGUACACUUAGAAGUUGAUUUCCUUUUUCAUUGAUGGUACUAUUUCUUAGUGUUUUAAAUUGGAACAUAUCUUGCCUCAUGAAGCUUUAAAUUAUUAUCUUCGGUUUUCUCCCCAAUGAAGCGCUCUCGUCUAACAUUUGUUUGGAAUCGUGCCACUGCUGGUCUGCGCCAGAUGUACCGUCCCUUCCAGUACGAUUUUCUGUUGUACCUUGUAGUGGAAUCUGCAUAUCAUCUUUCCCACCUGCAAAUGUCUGAAUGCUUACACGAAUAAAUUUUAUAACACUUA